AUAUAAUCAGACACGCACCGCUACAGAACAUGAUAAACAGUGAAUCGCCAAUAGAAGAACAAAGAAACAUAGCAUAUGCCACUAUAUUUUGUGUGUUUGUGAUUUUGGAGAUCACAUUUUUUGGUAUGGCCGUGUACUUUUCUCGCGAGUCGACACAUAAAUCCACAUUCCUGGUGCACGGUGCAACGCUUCUAUUGGGGAACUUUUUCCUACUGCAGGGAAUUAUCACGAAAAAUAUCGUACAAAUAUGCACAUAUCCUAUUCUGUACUGCUACACGUUUGCCAUAACCUUUUUGAACAGCUCUUCGGCUUUAGGACUGUAUUUUGUAUUCAAAAUGGCACAUACCGGUGUACUGGUACUGAGGGGACUCGUUUUGUGCUAUGCUUUCAACCGGCUAAGAUUGGAAUUUAGUUGGUACUCUUUCAAAAAACUGGGUCCAAGCUCACGAGUGAAUGGUAAGUCGAUUUUCUAAUUUUAGAAGCAAAUAAGGUAAGUUACAAUAUUAAUUUAGAUCAGACAGCAAGUAAUCGUCGUGUUUAGACUCUACAUAUUCUACAGUAUCAUAAACAACUUCAUUCCGCUGUUCAGGGUGUCAUACGGUCGAGGAAUUUAUGUCAUGCACAUCGUCUGCGAACUGCUAAUCUACGUCAAUUUUCAGACGUUCAAAGAUGAAGAGAGCAAAAUCGCACGUAAAAUACUUUACAUUCUUAUUGUUUGGGAGUUUGUACUUGCUGCGUUGGACAUUAUUAUUUACGGAAUUAUCGAUGUGGAUAUUGAAAGGUAAGUUUAAUUUCUAAUUCUCGCAUAAUAUACGUAACAAGCGGGUUUAAGAUAGUAGUCUGUGCGAUAUUCUCUGUUAUAUUGGUGAAAGACGAAUGCUAUUUUGGGAGUGGUCUCAAGGAUAUUCUUGAAAGGAGAUCAUUGAUAAAUACGUGAGAAUGGAUGAAUAAAGAGCAAGUGAUUAUUUGAACGUGCUUAAGCAUUUAAUUGCAUCUUUGAAAUGAUCGGUAUUAUCC